AAACUUUAGUAACCCCAGAAACUACAAAAAAAGAGGGAAAAGUCGUCGAAAAUGUAGUAGAAGACACAAUUAUUGAGGCGGAGGAACCGAAUUUUACUUUAGCAAUCAAUUUUCCACAUUUUCCUGGCAAGACUUAUGUCAUGGCAAAUGCUAGUGAGCUUGUCCAGGAGGUUAAACAAUGGCUAAUUGAUUCACCAGAAACAUGCAUCUAUACUUGUUUUUCUCUCUCUUUAAAUGGUAGACGGCUCGAUGACUAUAAGGAACUUCAGGAGGAAGGCAUCACACAAGAUUGUGACUUGGAUCUCGUCGAAGAUCCCUAUACUGAACGUGAAGCUCGUAUUCAUGUUAUCCAUGUGCGUGAAUUGCUUGCUGGACCGUUCAAACAAUCUACAUCUUCCGUUGGAAUAGAUCCAGGAUUAUCAUUUUUUACAGCAGUCACUGGCAUAAAUGUCAAAACAAAUAAUGAACAAGCUGAAGAAAAUAGGAAAUCUAAAGAAGAUAGUGAAGUUCCAAAAACACCUUUUACUGAUUAUGACUUUACGGCUCCAUCUCUAUCAAAAUUUAUCCCAGAUAAUUUUGGUCGACACAAAAUUAAGUGUGUCGAGUCAUUAUACCUUUCUGGGUGGAAUCCUGUACCAUUUGAGCGUCGACGACGAGGUGAUCUACUUUACUUAAUUGUAACAACCAUCGAGGGUGAAACUUUGCAUAUCACAGCAGGAAUAGACGGAUUUUUUGUGAAUAG